CGCGCACCCAGCCCCCGGGAGCGGCAGGAAGGGAGGCGGCGGCGCGAGGAGGGAGCGGCCGUGGAGCCCAAUCGCUCGCUCCCCUUCCCAGGUCUGCGCGCGGCGCCGCCUCCGCCAUUGCUGCGAGCAGGAGCAGGCGAGGCGGAGCUCGGAGCGCUGAGCUGACCUGCUGUAGCCGGGCGUGGGCUGCAGCCUCGGAGCUCCCGGAACGAUGGUGAAGUUGGGGAACAAUUUCGCAGAGAAGGGCACCAAGCAGCCGCUGCUGGAGGAUGGCUUCGACACCAUUCCCCUGAUGACGCCCCUCGAUGUCAAUCAGCUGCAGUUCCCGCCCCCGGAUAAGUGGAACGUGGUGGGGCAAGAUUCCUUCGCGUUUUUCCUGGGAGCCUCAUCCGAGAGGGCCCUGGCCGCGCAGCUGCCCUGCUGCUCCUUUGCCCCGUGGCCCCAGGGGCUCUGGAUCGGGGGUGGUCGUGAAAACUAAGACCGAGUAUGAACCUGACCGCAAGAAAGGGAAAGCACGUCCUCCCCAAAUUGCUGAGUUCACCGUCAGCAUCACGGAGGGUGUCACCGAGAGGUUUAAGGUCUCCGUGCUGGUCCUCUUCGCCCUGGCCUUCCUCACCUGCGUCGUCUUCCUGGUCGUCUACAAGGUGUACAAGUAUGACCGUGCAUGCCCCGAUGGGUUUGUCCUCAAGAACACCCAGUGCAUCCCAGAAGGCUUGGAGAGCUACUAUGCGGAGCAAGACUCCAGUGCCCGGGAGAAAUUUUACACAGUCAUAAACCACUACAACCUGGCCAAGCAGAGCAUCACGCGCUCCGUAUCGCCCUGGAUGUCAGUUCUGUCGGAAGAGAAGCUGUCUGAGCAGGAGACUGAAGCGGCUGAGAAGUCAGCUUAGCGGGAUUGGCAAGUUCCUUACAAUGUGUCGCUUGCAAAUAACAAAGGGACUUUGAGGGACAUUUCAUUAAAUAUAAUUACUGAUACUUUAGAGGUUACUCAUUUACGGUGCAAUUGCUUCUGUUUGCUAAUGCUGCUUUGCAAAUAAAACUUGCUGCCGACCACCCAUGGGCAUAAAAUCAAGUGCAUUUCAGCAUUGCCUAAAGAGCUCUGACACCACUUUUCAUGUUAAGAUCUUCAUUUAGCUCCUUUACUGGGAUUUAUUGGAUGCUGUCAAAAAAUAAAUUUACACUGGAUAUGCCAAGGGUUUGGAUCUCAGAUAAAUGCAUUUUAUGGAAUUGAUUUUCUGAACCCACCCUGUCUGCAAACCUUCCUCCACAGCCAUACCUAGAGUGAUCUCUCGCUGUGCUAAGAGCAAGCCUACUUCGCAUUUCUUCCUUGGCCAUCAGCGGGUAACAGUGCUGACUGCUGCCAAGGUGCACUGUAGUGAGUGGCAUAGAGAAUGAGGGGAAAGACCCACCUGCCCCUCCCUGUGCUGACUCCUGAGCCGGGGUGGGAUGGCCCUGCAAUGUGGCAGGCUCGGUGUGGAUUGACUACUCUCUCCCCUCUGACUCUGGCAUCUUGAUAAGGAGGGAGGGGCACCACCCAUCUGGGUGGAGACAGCUGGGGUUCGCUCCAGUGUGUGUAGACUGGCAGAGCGUGUGAGGGAGGGGGCUGGGAAGAGACGGGCCGUGAGGUGCAGAACUCUCCCUGCAGGUAGUCUGUCUGCUCUGUGAUGUGCUGAUAGGAAAGAGCCCCCACUGGCACUCUGGUUCACUUCUAUUAUGAAUAAAUUUGCACCAAUAGCCCUGUUAGUUUUUAGAGAAAUGAGCUGGGUGGGAAAAGUGGAAAUGUAAUUUCUGGUAAGCUAGAGCUACUUUAAUUUAAUUUUUAUUCUAUGAAACUGAUAUCCCUUGAUGUGGGAAACAGGCAGGAAAGGCUGUGGGGUGGGGGUGGGGGGGCUGGUGUGGCACUGUGCGAAAGAAUGACAAAUUUCAACUCACGAUCUUUGUAAGAAAAUUGUUCCAGUUUGAAUCUUGGUAUUAAAGUUUAUGUUUACAAAAUUGCCAGUUAGAUGAACCAAGUGUGUUAAACAAUUAAGUAGAAAAAAGACAUUUGCAGACGUUUCUUCUAUGUUAUUGAAUGUGUUGUUUCUGGUGUACAUGUCAGAAGUUUCAGUUUUUUAGUAGAUCAGAAAUAAACGACAAAUAGUGUGAGAUGUGUUGUGAACAGGCAUGGUGACCGUGGUCAGCGCCACUCUUGUUUCCUGAAAUGUGCUUCUAAGACAGAAAAUACAUUUUCUCAUCAAGGGUGUCUGGAGACACAGACCGUGACCUUGGCACAGCGGUGUGCAUCACAGAGGCAUGUGCUGAGAAGGGCGUUGUUAAGCUGUGGAAAAUGACUCAAGAGCAAUAAAUCAGUGCCAAAGCUUCCCUGCACAUCUGAAUAGAGACAAGUGAAGCCCACGUGCGCACAGUGCAGAGGCCGAGCCAGUAUUUCCCAGUAGAUGUGGACUUUAUUGACUGUGAAUUCAUUUACAUGUAACUUCUGACAUUUCACUCUGUGCAAAUAAAGAACACGAGGAUA